UUAUAUUUGAUAUGUGCUGGUGUAUCUAUUUCCAAACGGAGGGCCUGGUGAUGCUCUCUCACCACAGCCUCAGUAUCCUGGGUAUUGUCAUGGUGCUGGCUUUGGAAUACUCAGCUGUUGAAGUCAAUGCUGUCAUCUUUGGCAGUGAGGUGACCAAUCCCUUCCUUCAGAUCCGCUGGUUUCUUCGAGAAUCUGGCUAUUACCACUCCUGGCUGGGAGAUGUUGUCGACUUUCUGUUUGUGCUGCUGUUUUUGGGUGUGAGGAUUGGGGUUGGAGGCAGGCUGCUGUAUUGUGAGUUAUCUUCCCCUGUGCCCCUCCCUGUUGUGAAGCUGGCAGGAGCUGCAAUGUAUGCAGUGUCCUGGAUAUUCAUGCUGAGCAUUGGCAGGUUUGCCUGGAGGAAGAGUAAUCAUAAAUACAAGACAUGGAGAGAAGGGAGCAGACACCCUUUACACUCACACAGCAAUGGACACAUAAAGAAAGCUUGCUAGCCUGUGACAGUGAAGAGCAGUGCUGAAAGGCAGCCAGAAACAGCCAGCGAUAUGACUUAACUUCUAUCAUCUCCUCGGUCACAAACUCCAUAAUGACUUAUUUCAAACCCAUUCUUCAUCGCACCAUUUUUCACUGCCCUUUUCAAAGGGGAGCUGUGUCUCAGUGAAGCACAUGUUAUGGGCAUCUCCUCCCAAUCACUGUGAGCUUAAAGUCUCACCUAGACUGAGCAAUGUUCUCAAUGAUGUAUCAAUCACACAAACCGUACCUCUGCAUCAUGUAUAAUAUUCAUCUCAUUCCCUGGCGAUGUGGAACAAACAGCUUUGGUUGAAUUUUGACUGAUGAUCUGGAACUCUUCUCUACCUGUCACUUAAUCUCUUUUUUUGAAGAGUCUGAUUCAUCAUGUGGUGUAGUUCCGUUGUGAUUUCAGACAAACGCCAUCGAUACAGUGAGGGUCAGAGACAGGGGUCACUGGACAGGAGCAAGAACCCUGGCUGAUUUUUGUCCUUUUCUACCCUAGGGGUGGUUGAAGCCAGUUUUCAUGUGCCUGGCCCCACCUCAGAUGAGACAGUGAACCGAGCACAGCUGAAGGAUGCACCUUGUGCUCAGCUAAUUGCAGAGUGAGUUUACUAAGCCAUUGGGCAGCCAUCCUGGAUUGUCAUUGGUUGUAGGGGAGAUUCUCAAAUCUCCCUGCAUCUCCUCAACUCCAGUAGGGAAUUCAAUAAGUUGAGUCCCUGAUGGUGCAGUUUGUGAAUGGUCUCUCCAAAGGAAGGGCUUAUUCCAGACUUAAUGCUCUGAAAAGUUACACUUAUCCAACU